UUUUCGAAGUGCGAUGUUGGUCGUAGUAGAGCGUAAUAUUCGCGAUUUAAGAAGGGCAGCCAAUUAGAAAAGUUGGCGAAUAUCGUCGGUCGGUACUUAGGUGCGUGUGUUUGUAUAAGUACAUAUAGGUGACGGUCGCGAAAUAUAGUAGCAGCCAUCUUAUAUUUUGUGUCGGAGAAAAACAAUUUGGCCGUACAAAUGUUUCGCGAUUGUCCGUGAAACCGCUUGAGAACGGGAGGCGUGCGCUCGAUGAGGCGUGACGUUUUUCGACCCUAGCCCGGACCACUACAUUAGCAAAGGUUCGUAGAAUGUUGCUUUCUUGCUCGGCUACAGCAAAAGCGACCCCCACUUGCGAAGCGCUUACGAAGAAUCCGGUUUCGCAGUCAAAAUAUUCCGCCGUUUCUCCCGUCGCUUUUUUAAAAAUAGAGUUGCCCGUGUUGCUCACUGCUGGGUUACGUUCUGUUGACGGCGGCAUCGUGCCGUCUUCGAGUGCUUCGCGUAAAAGUUAUGCAAUCAGCUGAUCAUCCAGCUACCUUCUGUCACUUGUCAAAGAUAAAUGUCAAAGCAAUUGGUCUAACCUGACACGCGGUAUAUAUGAGUUGGGCAUGCAUGAUCCCAGAAUUACGAGUGUACCUACAUCGUCGCAAAUUUUUGCGCCACAACGAGUGUCAUAAAUGGCGAUUUAUAGAGGUUCCCUGUCAUGCAGGUGGAUUGGUACGCAGGAUAUGAGCAGCUUGUCAAGCGCAACCUGACUCUGCUCCCACAUCAAGAAGCAGUGCAGCAGCAGGAGCCACAAUCACAACAGCUGGCUCAACAGGAACAGACUGAUAUAAUGACGUCCAUGUUUGAACAACAAAUCAAAAGUGAACCCAUGGGGUUUUAUUCUGUUGCUUCAAGCCGUUCGGAUGGUUCAAAUUCUAUGGUGAAUUUAUCUGAUGAUCGUGAAGAUCUUUCGCAACAAGAAGGACAUCUACAAGCCCAGCAGCAGACAACAUUACAGUUAAACCAGCAACAGGGUCAACAACAAACUCAACAACAAAAUCAACAAACGCAGCAGGGUCAACAACAGCAGAGUCAGACUGUGCAACAGGAAGUUCCAAGCCGUCAAUCGACAGGACAACAGACAGUUAAAGAAGGUUCACGGUCAAAGCCACAACCCUGUAAGGUAUGUGGCAAGGUGCUGUCUUCUGCUUCAUCGUACUAUGUACAUAUGAAACUUCAUUCGGGCAACAAACCAUAUCAUUGUACAGUAUGCGAAGCAAGUUUCUGCCGGAAACCAUAUUUGGAAGUGCACAUGAGGACGCACACAGGAGAACGACCCUUUCAAUGUGAGUUGUGCUUGAAAAGGUUUACUCAAAAAAGCAGUCUUAAUACUCAUAAAAGAGUGCACACAGGAGAGAGACCAUAUGCCUGCGACAUUUGUCAGAAACGUUUUGCAGUGAAAAGCUAUGUGACAGCACACCGUUGGAGUCAUGUUGCUGAAAAGCCUUUGGUGUGCGAUAGAUGUUCUCUCACAUUCACGUCCAAGAGUCAAUUCGCAAUACACAUCCGUACCCAUACAGCAAGUACUACGUACGAGUGUAAUAUAUGCGGACGUACAUUUGUACGUGAUAGUUAUCUAAUACGGCAUCAAAACCGAGUACACCGUGAUAUGAAUCAAAGCAGUACGAAUCAUAAUCCACCUACACCUCAAAGCACUGGUGGUGGUACACCAGGUACGGGCUUCGAAAGUCCAGUUUGUGAUUUACGCUACAGCGAAGGACCUUCCUCGUUGGACGGAUUGACCGGUUCUAAAGGAGGGAUCGCGGCUGAAAUCGCAAGUUUAGCCAAGCAAAAUAAUCUUCAACUUCCUCUACCAUUGCUACAUCCGCAGACUACCAACUAGUGUUUAGAUGACAGCGUGUCCGAGCCCCUACCGCAACAUCAAUCACCGCAGCAAGUAGUCGAGUCUUGAACGGUGCCUAAAAAGCUUUGAUUAAGGAGAGAUCAAGAAAUAAAAAGCAAGUUCUGAAUUGCGUGUCAAUGAACUUUUUUUAGAAACAAAAAAAAAAAAAAAGAGGAAGAAGAGAAAAAUGGGGAUUAUUUAUUGGAUUCUCGCGGUGUGUCGUUUCGCGUUGUCCUCGGCAAGAAAAAAAGAAAAGAGAAAACAAGAUUGUACUAUUCGAAGAGAAAGAAAAUGAAUUAAAGAGAAGAAAGGAGAAAGCAGGAAAUUAAUAACAAAAAAAGAAAUUAGAUGAUCAAUUCAUCAGAGGAACAAAAGAUUUUGAUGCGACACGACGAUAAAGAUAAGAUAUACCUAUAUACAUACCGUCGAUGCGUAGAAAGUACCAUGUCAUAUAUAUGUAUAUUAUAUAUAACAAAAAUACGCGCGUGUGUAUGUAUGUAUGUGUAUGAGUGAAUUUGCAUAUUUGAAAAAUUUGUGUGCGUAUGAGUGUGCGUGAAAUGUUAAAUAAAAGGAUUAUUGUAGUGCUCCAUUUAAGGAAGGAACUGCAGGCUGCAGCGAAAAUUGUGCUGCAACCGGUUGCAGAAUUAUUUUUCUGUCAAAAAGUAGGUCGACUGUGUCAUGGAGCAAGUUUUCUUUGGUCCAAAGUUUUAUCAAGAAAAUGAACUUUCAAUAUUGUAAAAUAGUAGCACAUAAUUAAUUUUCAAGAAAUAAAAUAUGUAUUGUAAAACAUUGUAAAAGUGCAUGAAAAAUAUAGAUAAAUAAAUUUUUUUGUAUAAGUAUAUAAGGUUAUGUUUUUAUUAAAAGUAUUAAAUUUUGAAAAUUCGAGUAAUCAAGAUUUUAAAUGAAUGACGAAAUAAUUGAAUGUCAAAAAAUAUUUGUCGAAAGAAAUCGAUUACUUAUUAGAAAAGGCAUAUAUUUUAUGAUAUUAUGAUUUCUUCGAAUUAUUAUAAACGAUUUUGUGAUACGAAACAAAUUUGCUCCAUGAUAUUGCUUAUUUUUACACAGAAAAUAUGAUUUAAUUUCUAGUAGCAGCACUAUUUUUGGCGCAUCUUGUCUCAAAUCGAAGAGAAUAAUUAAAGCUACAUCUAAUAUAAAGGACAAUGAACAAGUAGAUAGGUUACGCCGAUACAUGUAUGUACCUAUAAAAUAUAAGACGAGAGUACGCACUUUUGUAAUAGUAGUUUUGAGAAAUAAAAACGAAAAAAGCGAUAAAUGAUAGUGAAUGAUAUAUAUAUAUGAUAUAUAUAUCACAUAUAUUAGAUAAUAUAAAUAUAAAGAAGAAAAAAGAGUUGACGCUUGAUACACCAUAGUUUUCACCGACAUAUCCUGGUUGAACACAUCCUCUUUACGUACAUACUGCAUACUAGUUCUUAUUAUGAUACCACCACACGAUUACUACACGAGAGUAUAGGGUAUUUUAUGAAUAAAAAUGACGAUAAUAUCAUUAUUAUUAAUUAUUAAUUGUCGCAGAUUAUUAUUGUUUAUUACGGUUCUUGAUUAUUAUCGUAUCAUUACGAUUAUGAUUAUCGAGAAUAUAAAUACGUAUAAACGUAACGAUGGUACAACUAAGGCAAGUAUGUACUGUACAUAGCUGUCACUUACCCUCUGCCCCACCAUGCAACUAUAUAAAUAUAUAAAUAUAUAAAUAAAUCUCUAUAUAUAUAUAAAUACAUAAAGCCAUUAUAUUGCAAAACAUUAAUCAUUGUUGUACUAAUGAUUAUUUUGAAAUACUAUUGUCUUUAUUAUUAUUAUUAUUAUUAUUAUUAUUAUAAUUAUUUUAUCGUAAACAAUUGUAAUUAUUAUUAAUAUUAUUAUUAUUAUUCUUAUUAUUAUUAUUAUUAUUAUCAUCGCUACUUUAUAUGAUUAUCGCGAUAAGAAUAUGUCAAGGCCGCGUGUAAUUUUAAUUAGCAUACGAUAUUAUUAUUUGCGAAAGUAGAUCCUCAUUCUUAGCUAAGGAAGAUAGAAAAAUUGUAUUCUCACUUUCUUCACAGAUUGGAUUCUACCUCACUUUUAUUGAUACUACCAUUGAACGACGAAGAAAGUAUGAAAACUGUGAAAACGAAGAAGAAUGAAAACAAUUGAAAAAUAGACACGUUCUCCGUGCACUUUUUUCUAUUCUUCCACUGUUUAUUAGACAUAUUGGAUAAUUCAUCAAUCGGAUCAAAAUGCUUUUCAUUAUUGAUUGCUAUUUUUAUUAAUUAACAAAUAUUUGUUAAAACUACAGCGACCUCAGCCUGUGAUAGUUACAAAGGAUAUUAUUUAAAUUAAGUAUCCGGUGUAUUAUGUGAAAUACGUAGAGAACAUCGAUCAGUUACAGUUUCGAUGGGUCGAAAUAUGUUUGUACACAUUGCGAUUGGACUUUUGUUAGGAAGACUCUUGUGCCUAGAAUCGAGCUCAUUAUAACACAAAGAUAUCGUUAAUUGCGAGAAAAAGAAACAAAGAAAAAAAAAAGAGAAAAGACGGAUAAUUUGAUAAAAUGUUGCGUGCAGUUUCAAUCGAUAAUAGUCAAGUGAUUUUUAUAAAUUCCAUUUUUGUAAUAUUUUAUGCUAAAUAAUAGAAUACAUAUUAUUUUUAACUUAAAAUUUUGCCUUAAAAAUUCACUGAUGAUUCGUUGCGUUCUCUUAACAAAAAUUCAAAUAAAAUAUUAUUUAUUUAUUAUUAUGUUACACAAUAAGAUAUACUUUGAAAUUUAUCUGUAAUUGUAUGUGAUAAGAGACGAAAGUGUAGCCACAGAGUACGUAAAAAUAAAAAUGUAACAAUUAUCAUUGAAUGUUUUAAACAUAUACAUGUAACAAACGCUGUGCGCUUGUGAUCAUGAUUUCUUUUUUUUUUUUUUUGAGUUAAGAAAAAACUAAUCCAAUCGUUUCUCCUUUUCUUAUGUUAUGACGUGUGAAAAGUUCGAAACGAACAUAAGUUUACAUACGGUAUGUUCCUUUAUUAGAAACACAAAAGAAUCACUUAUAAUUAGCUGUAAUAUAAUUGCCUAUAGGGCUUCGUAAUAUUUUUUCAAUAUAUAUAUAUAUAUAUAUAUAUAAUAAUUGUAUUGUGAUGUUAACUUAAGCUAUGAAUAAAGAUGUGGGAGAAUUUUUCGAGGUCGCUGUAGUAAAUCCUAUUGCUGAGAUGACGGAUCACUUUCUCAAUUUUUUAGCUUAUUCGACGAACGCCAAGAAAUAAGCGAAUGUCGACUAUUCUCGAUAAGUAAACAAAAAGCCAGAAUGUACCCGCAUAAUUAUCUUUGAAUGACGAUGAAAUGGCGAUGAUUGAUUGGAACUGUACAUUAUGAUCAGCAAACAGACUACAAUGUAGUUUGUUCGUGAUUGAAUGAACAAACGGAAACACUUGUGUAAUAAAGUAGAUAUCCAUAACAAAAAAA